AUGUCAUCUUUACUUCCUGACCCCAUAGACAUGAGGAAGGAAGAAAGAGAAUACUAUAGCACAUUCAAGAAAGCAUAUGCUUACACAGACAAAGAUAAAGGCCGACCAGCAAAUGAUUGUUUGCUCAUUUAUGACCAUGAAGUAGGGUCUCCCGUGGGCACCAUUGGUUGUUGCAGUUGGAUUGUGGAUGGUUUCGAUGAAAGCUACAUGGAAACUUUAGAUUCAAAAUCUAGGACUCUUGCUGAAAUCUGCUUAGACACAGAAAUUGAACCAUUUCCUUCACAGCAGGCCUGUAUUCCCAUCAGUACUGACCUCCCUUUACUAGGACCAAAUUACUUUGUUAAUGAAUCUUCAGGAAUGACUCUCUCAGAGGCAGAAUUCCAGGCAGAAAUGGCCAUACCUGAACCCACGAUGCAUGGGGAUAUUGUAGUGACUGAGACUUACAGAACUGCUGAUCCAUGUGUGCAACCCACUCCAAUUGUUUUUGAUCCUCAGCUUGCGCCCAACAUCGUUGUAACGGAAACAGUAAUGGCACCUAUCUACGAUGUCCAAAGGGGUAUCUCUGUAGCUGCUGAGUUAGCCAACACACACAGUGUAAUCUAUGCUGAGAGAGUGCUGUCUAGUCCUGGUAGGCCUGGCAUGAGCAGUAGCAGCAUGACGGAUAGUUGUAGGGGACCUGUGAUGAGUGGCGGUAUUUUGGUAGGAUCAGAAAUUCAAGUGAUGCAAAUGGUGAGUCCAGACAUUCACAUAAGCCAAACCAUUGGUUCCCCAUCCCCAAUGACAUCUCGACACACAGUAACACAGUAUAGUAACAUGUAUUACUUCUAA